UUUUUCUGCAUUGAAAAGGAGUCAGUGCAUGUGAAAGAACUUUCUGUGGGGUCGAGGGAAAUGGAUGAUGUGAAAGUGAGCUAGGGUCCCUCCAUUGUGGACUCCUGUGCCAUCCGUGUGGAAUCGAAGUGCCAUCCAGGAUGCAGGACCCAACACUGCAUGACCCGUCACACCUUCUCUGGGAUCUUUGCAAGCUAGUCACCCACUGCCGAAAUGAGGGCCCUGUUGCCAACGUACCGGUGGUGCGAGCGGAUGUUGACCCUGGAUGGUGCAUCCUUGAGGGGAGGCCCAGGGAAUUCUCUCCAGACCAUGGAGAGCCUGGGGCAGAUCAUUGCGAGGCAGCUGGUACGGGAAGGACGCAACACCGAUGCCCGUCGCAUCCUUCGCUCUGCUGCACUCCUCAAGGACAAG